AUUCAUUUCAUAUCCGUCGAACGAUAACGAAUUAUAACGAAUUAUAAUACCAGAAUAUAAAACCGGAGACGCGUUUUUGGUAUUACGUUAUGCGUUUCUUAUUAUAUUACGUUUUCGCAUUCUUUAGUUUCGAUAAAGAACAAAUCUUAUUUAGCUACGCUAGAAUUUUUCACAAACAGGUUAUAAACGUUUGAAAUCAAUGUUACGUAGAAUUUUGAAUACACAAUGUUCAUUACAAUUAAGGGACGAAAAAAGACACGUUAGGAGAUUCGCGAAAGAAAAAUACGCGGUUUGAUUCGAAAGAUGAAUCGGCUGAGAUCGGGCAGUCGAGCGGUGCUUGUUCGGUGUUCCUCGGAGAACCGAGUCGAGCAGGACGUACGCCGGCAACCGGCAGUCGUUCGCCGGCCUCCGUGGCGUACACAUCAUUGUUGUUUAUUACUUUUAAUUCGCGUAUCGUUCUUUUCCUCUCGUUAUUACUUUGAUUCUCUCACCUAUAUCUCUCUUCCUCUUUCUCGCGUUAAUACGUCUCUUUAUCGUCUUGUCCUUUUAUUACAAUUUAUUUUUCUACGUGUAUACGCGCAUUGCGCCUAAUAACCACGCGCAAUUUUUUUUUCGCGAAGAAAAAAGGCAAAGGCAGCCGAUCCGCCCACGCCGUAGGUAUUUCUUUUCACAGACAGAGAGAAAGAAAGAAAGAGAGAGAGAGAGAAAAAGAGAGAGAGACAGAGACAGACAGACAGAGACGCAGAUAGACAGAAAGAGAGAAAGAGAGACAGACAGAAAAAAAGGAAAAAAAAAGAACAAGUUUUAUUGGAUAACAUACGUUCCAUUAAUGCGAACGUCGCCGCGUAGCGCAUUUUUCGUUCGCUCGGUACACCACGUACGUGUGAGCGCGCGCGCGCGCGCGCGCCCACGACACUCCAGUGGCAUGAUCGAAGAAACUUCGAUUGUCAACGAUUGUUAGUUAAAGUCGUACCUACGGAAGUAAACAGUUUUUGGUGCAUUGUGAUAUGUGUUCGAUCUGAUAGAAUCGAAAGAUCCUUCUUUCUUCGCGAGUGUUUAUCUACUGACAACGACGACCACCUGUCGCGCGAGCAACGCACGCGCCUCUUAGUGUCACAUUUGGAUUAAUCGGAUUACGCGGGAACGUGCAAGGGGACAUGUUUUUCUCCACGAGAUAGAUCUUCGCAAUAUAACAAGUGCGGACGCUGGACGUAGCGGCGACGAAAUGAAGCAUGCAGCAUGCGUGGUAGCGGUGUCACGGCUGCGCGGUCUUGCCUUCAACCUCUGGUGUCCGCCAGCCGCUACCUCGCUGUACACGCCCUUCCUGGUGAUCCUCUUUACUUCGUCGUCGAGGCUAAGUCAAGAGUAAAGGAGGUAUACGCGCAGACAUGUAUGCUUCUCGGUCAGCAGGGCAUGCGAGACUGCGAACUCUUCGGGCUGGCCAUAUUAUCCGAUGGCGAAUACCUUUUCGUGGACCCCGAUAAUAAAUUGAGCAAGUACGCGCCGAAGAAUUGGCGAAAUUCGCACACUUACGGUUUGGACAGCAGCGGAAGACCCGCUUUUAUACUUUACUUUCGUGUUCGUUACUACGUCGAUACGCCAUUGCUGUUAAGCGAUGAAACUACGCGACAUCACUACUACCUGCAGCUACGGGACAACGUCGUUAGACAUGGCGGCGGAGUGGAGAGUCUUCAUCCUCACCAUCCCCUUCACGAACCUUCGAUCGUUACGCCAUUGCUCACGCUCGCUGGGCUCGCCCUCCAGGCCGACCUUGGCGAUUACUCUGAAGAACGACACAGACCGCACGCUGGAUCCGUCGGCUAUUGCAAGCCCACGGAUUAUCUUCCUCCUCACAUGUGCCUCGAGUCGAGCGUGCUCGCCGUCCUCGCAGCUCAACACAGAGAUAAUCGUGGCCUCUCGAGGGAGGAGGCAGAACUCCAAUACAUCCGGGAGGCGUUGUUGUUGGAGGCGCCGCUCAACGCUCACCUAUAUCGGUUGCGAAGAAGCAAAAACGAGGCUGGUCCAGGAAGGAUACUCCUCGCGAUUUGCGCUCGCGGUGUGCGAGUCUACGCCGAGGAGGAGACACCACGUAUCUUUGCAUGGAACAAUAUCGGCAAGCUGUGCUUCGACCGAAAGAAGUUCGAAAUACGUGCGGUUGAUCAACCGGACAAACUCACUCUCUACAGUGGUUGCGAUGACAAGAGCAAGUUACUCUUGGGAUUGUGCCGAGACACUCAUCAGUUCUCCAUGGCUAUAGCACCCAGAGUAAAUGAAGCGAAAAGAAGAGAAGAGGAAGAGAGAAAAGUGUUGAGAGAUUGUUACAUGUAUCCUGCCCGUUGCAAAUUGAGCUUAACGACGCGUGGAGCACGUGGCGAUCAACGAAUAUCCGUUAUCUCGAGCACUUCGUCAAAUACAACCUCUGGUAUAGUCAGCGAUCGAGUUCACAGCGAAGAUGAGCCAGAUACAGCGCCAGCUUCGACUGAAUGCUUGCCUCGCCUCACCGAAAAUAGUUCUCAUCCGAGUAUUCAAACUGGAAUACCCAAUGGUAGCGAAACGAACGCAGGUGACCGUUCAGUACCAUCUCCGCCAAUGUCUAUCGUUGAUGAAGUCGAUGGUGCCGAAACUACGCCUUCAUCAGCAUUACGACUUGUUUCGAGUACAAACACUGUGGCUGAUGGUUCUCAGUGCAGCAGUAGUUGUAGUACAGUGGUCGUUGCAAAUGCACCUAAUAAUGGAGUUCAAAGAAUGCGUCGAGCUUCAGCUACAUCGAGUUUGGAGCUCGGUUAUUCUCAUACGGCUCAGAAUUCGGCUGUUUCUUCUGAAACUGCUAGUUUCCCAGGUGCUAUCUACGAUAGGUGCAGAAAGACUGGUAAAUAUACAGGUACAGACAUCGCCAGUGAAACAAGUGGCGUAUACACUUUAAGAAGUAGCGAGAUGCAGGAUGAAAGAAUCGGCGAUCUUUAUUCGCCAACCAGUGGUACUAAUGAAUCCUCUGCGGCUAGCGACGUUUGUGCAUUGAGUUCCGUUCAAUCUACCACCGACGAAGCUUCCGUGACUUCAGGAUUUUACACGAUUCAUAGCGGUUUAAGAUCUGAAACGAGCGAUAUUUAUACGGACGAUAUCGGAACGGAAGAUCAAGAACCCAUUUACAGUCUUUGCAAAGGCGAUGAAGAAGUUGACAAUGUAGUGUCGCUCGAUGGGAAACUCGAAGAAUCAAGAUCACGAAGCAACAGUAUAAUUAGUACGGGAAGCUUUAGAGGAGACGGUAGUGAUCCUUCGAACGUUGGACCAUUGUUAUCUGCCGAUGAACUUUCCGAUUUAAUAGUGGGACGUUAUCCACCUCGCAAAACCAUCAGUAACUCAAUGGAUUCCGAUUGUGACUAUGUCACUAUGCCACCUCCACCUCCUCCACCUAGAACUGACAGUGACAGGCAGCUUCCACCUCCUCCUCCUUAUCCAAUAACGAUGGAUUAUUCGUCUAUACACUCGCCAAGAUCCAAAAUACCGAACGUCGAACGAGAACCACCACCCCCACCACCUUACAACGCCAGUCGAGCUGAUUUCACGGGUUUAACUUUAAGAAUGCCUAUGAUACCACCUCCUACACCACCCAGAAACGAUGCAGUGACGCCAAGAGAACCACCGCCACCUCCGCCACCUUAUCCCGAGAUGUCUGACAAUAGCAGGCAAGAAACGAUCUCUGCUCUCUAUCCUACAGCGAUCGAUGAGGACAUCGUUUCUCGAAUUGCUUCGUCGAAAAUAAAUGCAGUUAUCACUGGGAGCCAUCCAAAUCUAUCGUGUAACGCAGGUAUUACCGAGGUACCACUGAUCAUUCCAAAAGCUCCACCUAGAAUACAACCACCUACAUAUCCGGGCGAUAAGAUGAAACCUACACCAGUGCACGCACCUGUCGCUGCUCUCGUGGUCGGUCCUAACAAUUAUUUGGACGUUCAUGCUUCCCGCACUGGUCCGGUAUUAUUACCCUACUUAGGUUCCCCACCACCGCCCCCGCCGCCACCACCUCCGCCACCAUCUCCUCCACCACCAAUGCUACAUCCUAGACAACCACCGCCACCACCACCUAGUUUAGCCACCGUUUACACUAGCCAAGUGGCUAGAUCACAAAUAGAACAGUACAAACAACAACUCUACUCGGACGUCGAUUACGUGAUGUUCCCAUUGAAGGAUCCAGCUGUUUCGAAACAGGAAUACAUCGAUGCAAAACAGGGAUCCUUAUUAGCCGCUAUGGCUGCUUAUCCACCUCCGCCUUAUCCGUCGUUCAACAACAAAUCGGCAAUCAUGUAUCGUAGUACUCCCUACCUCCCUGGCUCCUCAUUCUCAUCACCAACGAAGUAUGCUUCCAAUCAAAAUCUUAGCACCAGCGACAAUAGUUCGAAUAGUUACUUACUACACAAUAGCUUGAGCAGCCCUUACGCUGCCAGUACAAGCUCCUUAUACAGCGGUGUCACAUGUUCCUCGAAUGGCAGUCAGAGUCUCAGAAGAGAAUUACCAACGCUCGCUCAUCCUCACACUUUGCACGCGUUCUCUAGAACAAAGAGUGACGACAAUAUUUUGAAAUGCUUCGAUUCUCCAUCGGGAACAAAGAUGAAAUCUUUACCACAUGCCAAGCAACAUCGUAGAUUGCCACCGCCACCUCCACCACCACCGUACGAAAUACAAACUCUUGACAAAAAUCAACCAUUACCAUCGUGCCCAGAGAAUGUCGCAUUAAAAAAAUUAAUCAAGCCAUCGACCGAAGAAGAACCCGAAGGUGGAAAAGAAGAUGGGAUGUUGGAUAUACGAACUUUGCGUGAAAAGAGUCGAAACUUGGAUCUCCCAUUGAUAUCUGCUCUAUGUAACGAUCGCUAUUUGUUAAAGCAAACUAAAGCAUUCGUGAUGCCAAAACAUCCUAGCGAAUCGAACUCGUCUGCUCUUGCUAAAAGCACUUCCAGAAACGGCAAUGGAAUGGGAUCUUCCAAUAGGAAUAAAUAUCCUGUAAGUGGAUUGUCAACGACACAGAUAACGAAGCCACCGAGAAAGUCGUCGACGAGUACUCACAAACAUCCAGCUGAACCGAAGGGAAACGCUUAUAAGGUGAACACAACGUUAUCUGGGAAGAAAGAUUCCUCAAAAACGUCUCACUCGUAAUAUAUAACGCAUAUCAAUGGAUUAUCUUAUCUGUGGCGUCUAGAGUAUAUCUUGAUAACAAAUGAAUGAUCAUGUACCUUUGUCGUGUGUUGCCUCUGUGUUAUUGUUAAGUUUUUACGUGAACUAUAGAACAUCCUGAAUCACGAAAGGCCAAUAUUAAAAUACUUCUAAUGCUCAGGGUGCCAACCUCGAUGUGUACUUUGUUGACGUUUCACUCGGUAAUCCUAAAAGCGAAGAGAUAUUUUCUAUCUACGCAUAUUACCUAAUUUUUAGAAUUUACAUACAAGCAGUACAAGGCCUCGUCAUUAUUGUACAUUACUCGUUACGAUCUUAUCUCUCUCUUUCUUUUCCUCUUUCUCUCUCUCUCUCUCUCUCUCUCUCUCUCUCUCUUUCACUCACACAAAUACACUCUCACUCGAAUUCGAUGACUUCGAAUGGGUGCUAAUACGGUACCAAUGUCCUAUACUUUUUUCUUUUUUUUUUUUUUUUUUUUACGUUGGGAGGUUAUGAAGGACUGAUAUUAAGCACGUGAACUUCGUCAAACGUACGUCCUUCUAUGCGUUUUGACAAUAAUAAAUUGUACUUUUGCUUAUGAUACGUUUAUCCGAUACUCGAUAAAAUGCUUUCUUGCUUUAGAACAAUUUAAAAUCUACGUACGAUAUUCGUCAAACAAAUUUGCACGAAUCUUUAAAGUGAUCUUGCUCAAAGUGCGAACAUAUUAAAUAUUUAUUUCGUAGAAAGAACGUUGUGUUAUUAGAUAUUUUCAAUAAAUAAUAUUUUUGCUUUCGUAAAAAAUUAGGUACUCGUAUAAAACUUACGAUUAGACGAUUACAUGAUGUUUUAAUGGAUUUCUUUGGACUCUGUCGGUUCUAUUAGAGAUCGAUAAUAUAAAACAUUGUGCAGUUUUAUCUUCGCUGUAUUUUUAUUAGUGUAUAAUAAAUAUUUUCGUCGGAAAAAUUUCCAUUUACAAUCGUUGCAAAGAUUUUGACGAUAAUCUAAAAUUACUUUUAUAAAGAAUCUUAUAUAUAACCUAAUAAUGGUAUACUUUAAUUGCAACGAUAUUUCGUUUAGACAAAUUAUUUCAACGAGUCCAAGGCAAAACUUCAUUUUUGCGGUACCUUUUUUUCAUAUCUUUAAGUAUUAUAUUUAUUCUCACAAUUUGAUUUUAUUUUGCUAUGUCAAUCGAUACUCGCUUUAUGAUAUUUCUCUCUCCCUCCCACUCUGUUUUUUUCUUGGUUUCUCUCUCUCUCUCUCUCUCUCUCUCUCUCUCUCUCUCUUGUUAAAAUAUUUGUAAGAGACGAUACGUCUUGCGCAAUAACGAUUGCGUUAUCGUUAAUGAAUUUUGAACAUUCCUAAAUGUUAAUUAGAACACCUAGGAAAACAACCGAAAUUGUGAAGAUACAGAAAAUUAAUUUUGGUAAAUAAAAUGUAUAAUUAUAAGUUUUGAAUAUAAGAGGAGAAAUAGAUUUCUUUUUGCAAAAUCAUCUUUCAAUAUCUAUUAUAAUCGGUACCUGCUAUCAUGUCGAUUCCAUAAACAAUAUUAUAGAUAAAUUAUUAAUAAUUACAUUUACAGACAUAAAAAAUGUAGAUAAACAGGAAUCAUUCGGUAAUCAUUCUGAUAAAAAUCCCUGUAAAAUCAAACAUUUAGCACCGCCUAACGUAAAACAUUUAAACUAAUUUUGAAAUAUAACUUCUCUGAUGAUAAGUACCAUUCUUUCUAGUUAUGAACUUACAACGCCAUCUAACAAAAUUAACGGCAGAGCAUAAACGAUAAAAAUUAUUCAAUAUGCAUUAUUAAUAUUAUUUAUUUAUACCUCCUAUUUACUUUUCAUAAAUAUAUAUAUAUAUAUAUAUAAAAUUCUUUUACUUCUUAACUCCAAACUUGUAGCAGACAGUGUGCAAAUAUAAUUGCGCUGGCCUCAGAAUACUAUUUGGAAAGUUUGCCUGGAACAGUAUCAUAUUUGAUAAAAUCUAAAUUUUAUUAAUAUUAUGCAUUAGUAUAAAACAAUGACUCACGUGAUUAACAGCGUCAGGAUAAUUUUGUGUUUCUAAACAUAGAGCACCGUGUCGAAAAUAACGUUUUCCAUCUUUCCCAAGUAUACCGGUGGUAUUAACAGCAGGUAGAGAAUUAGCUGUAUACAAUUGGACACCUGGUUGAUUCGAAUGGACUAUCAUAUAUCUACCUGAACUUGUGUGUUCGACUUCCGCAACGAAUUGAUUCAUAUUGGUAUUAUCAGUUUUUUUGGGCAAACAAAAAUUGUAAUCAUAUCCGCCCCCAGGUACUUUAUCGAUGACAUCACCGAGUACCGUCAGUUUUCUAAGAUCCAUUAUGCUAUUCUUAACAGAUCUAAUUUCUCCAGUAGGAAUACCGUCUGAAUCCGUAACAGUCCAACGAUCAGCAUUGAGAACGAUUCGAUGAUUGUACAAUUCCUUUGCAUUAGUUCCCUAAAAGAGAGAAUUCGAUUUAUUCGACAAUAAAUUCGACAAUAAAUUCGUUCGUCUAAUUAAUGAUAAUAACGUACAUGACCGGCGAGAUUGAAAUACGCAUGAUUAGUUAAAUUAAUGGGAGUGGGUUUACUAGCGAAACUUUUCAUUUCAAUGCACAAUCUUCCAUCGUUCGAUAAUCUAAACGUUGCUGAUGCGAUUACGGCUCCAGGAUAACCUUCGUCUCCGUCCUCGCUUAACAGGGUCAUCACGACAGCGUCAUUAUCGAUUGUAGCAUUCCAUAUUUUAAAACUCCAACCUUUCGUACCUCCAUGAAGACUAUUCUCGCCAAUAUUUCGUGAUACUUGAUAUACUUUACCAUCCAAAACGAAACGUCCCUUUGCAAUACGAUUUGCGACUCGACCAACCGUUGCACCGAAAUACGGAUUAUCGGAAGAUAAAUAGCCUAAGGAAAAGAAAUAUUUAAGGAUGAAAAUUUAAGUAUGAUAACAAAAAAAAAAAAAAAAAAAAAAAAAAAAAAAAAAAAGGACGAAAGGAAAAAAACAGAUCCAAAGAGAAGAAAAUUAUGUAUACCAGAGAUAUUAUCAAAGCCAAGUAGUAUGUCCUCUACAUUGCCAUAUUUGUCUGGUAUUUUGAUAUUAGUUAUCGUCGCACCGUACGUGAUAAUAUCCACUUCUUGACCAGCUUCAUUUUUUAACGUAUAUUUUUCUACGUCUCGUCCAUUAGCCGAUCCCCAAUUUUGGACCGUUAUUAAAUUUGAUUUACAAUCGCUCAUAGCAAAUCUAUACGGAAAGUGGAUUGAUUAAAAAAUAAAAAAAAAAAUAAAAAAAAAAAAAAAAAGCCUUUGUUA